GAUGCAGCAGCAGCGGCGGCGGCGGCGGCAGCAGCGGCGUGGAGUCCCCUGCGCCCCGCGGCCCGGCCGGGCUGCGGCAGAGGCGGCAGCGCCCCGCGCCGGGUGAGGCCGCCGGGGCCGUGCGCGCUGAUCGCGAGUGAAUAGGGAAGAGGGAAAAGAGAAAUCCGCAAAACCCGACUGCACACUCCGCCUCCCGAACGCGGCACCAGAUUGGCAAGCAGAUAAGAUGGCCCCGGGCGGCCUCCGGCUCUGCCUGCUCUCUGCCGCCGUCUUCUCGCUGCUGGACGGCAGCGCGGCCUUCCUGUCGCACCACCGCCUGAAAGGCAGGUUCCAGAGGGACCGCAGGAACAUCCGCCCCAACAUCAUCCUGGUGCUGACGGACGACCAGGACGUGGAGCUGGGUUCCAUGCAGGUGAUGAACAAGACCCGGCGCAUCAUGGAGCGGGGCGGGGCACACUUCAUCAACGCCUUCGUGACCACGCCCAUGUGCUGCCCCUCGCGCUCCUCCAUCCUCACCGGCAAGUACGUCCACAACCACAACACCUACACCAACAACGAGAACUGCUCCUCUCCGUCCUGGCAGGCGCAGCACGAGAGCCGCACCUUCGCCGUGUACCUCAACAGCACCGGCUACAGGACAGCUUUCUUCGGGAAGUAUCUUAACGAAUACAACGGCUCCUAUGUGCCGCCUGGCUGGAAGGAGUGGGUCGGACUCCUCAAAAACUCCCGCUUUUACAACUACACGCUCUGCCGGAACGGGGUGAAGGAGAAGCACGGCUCCGACUACGCCAAGGAUUACCUCACAGACCUCAUCACCAAUGACAGCGUGAGCUUCUUCCGCACGUCCAAGAAGAUGUACCCGCACAGGCCGGUCCUAAUGGUCAUCAGCCAUGCAGCCCCCCACGGCCCUGAGGACUCUGCCCCCCAAUAUUCACGCCUCUUCCCCAAUGCAUCCCAGCACAUCACCCCGAGCUACAACUACGCGCCCAACCCGGACAAGCACUGGAUCAUGCGCUACACGGGGCCCAUGAAGCCCAUCCACAUGGAGUUCACCAACAUGCUCCAGCGCAAGCGCCUGCAGACCCUCAUGUCCGUGGACGACUCCAUGGAGACGAUUUACAACAUGCUGGUGGAGACGGGCGAGCUGGACAACACGUACAUCGUGUACACCGCCGACCACGGCUACCACAUCGGCCAGUUCGGCCUGGUCAAAGGGAAGUCCAUGCCGUACGAGUUUGACAUAAGGGUCCCGUUCUACGUGAGGGGCCCCAACGUGGAAGCCGGCUCUCUGAACCCCCACAUCGUGCUCAACAUUGACCUGGCCCCCACCAUCCUGGACAUUGCAGGGCUGGGCAUCCCCGCGGACAUGGACGGGAAGUCCAUCCUCAAGCUGCUGGACACCGAGCGGCCGGUGAACCGGUUUCACUUGAAAAAGAAGAUGAGGGCCUGGCGGGACUCCUUCCUGGUGGAGCGAGGCAAGCUGCUGCACAAGAGAGACAGCGACAAGGUGGACGCGCAGGAGGAGAACUUCCUGCCCAAGUACCAGCGCGUGAGGGACCUGUGCCAGCGCGCCGAGUACCAGACGGCCUGCGAGCAGCUGGGGCAGAAGUGGCAGUGCGUGGAGGACGCCACGGGGAAGCUGAAGCUGCACAAGUGCAAGGGCCCCGUGCGGCUCGGCGGCGGCAGAGCCCUCUCCAACUUCGUGCCCAAGUACUACGGGCAGGGCGGCGAGGCCUGCACCUGCGACAGCGGGGACUACAAGCUCAGCCUGGCCGGACGCCGGAAAAAGUUCUUCAAGAAGCAGUACAAGGCCAGCUACGUCCGUAAUCGCUCCAUCCGCUCAGUGGCCAUCGAGGUGGGUGGCGAGGUGUACCACGUAGGCCUGGGCGAUGCAUCCCAGCCCCGCAACCUUACCAAGCGGCACUGGCCAGGGGCCCCUGAGGACCCAGACGACAAGGAUGGUGGGGACUUCAGUGGCACCGGAGGCCUUCCAGACUACUCAGCCCCCAACCCCAUUAAAGUGACACAUCGGUGCUACAUCCUGGAGAACGACACGGUCCAGUGUGACCUGGACCUAUACAAGUCCCUGCAGGCCUGGAAAGACCACAAGCUGCAUAUCGACCAUGAGAUCGAAACCCUGCAGAACAAAAUUAAGAACCUGAGGGAAGUCCGAGGUCACCUGAAGAAAAAGCGGCCAGAAGAAUGUGAUUGUCACAAAAUCAGUUACCACACCCAGCACAAGGGCCGCCUCAAGCACAAAGGCUCCAGUCUGCAUCCUUUCAGGAAGGGUCUGCAGGAGAAGGACAAAGUGUGGCUGUUGCGGGAGCAGAAGCGCAAGAAGAAACUUCGCAAGCUGCUCAAGCGCCUGCAGAACAACGACACGUGCAGCAUGCCAGGCCUCACGUGCUUCACGCACGACAACCAGCACUGGCAGACAGCGCCGCUCUGGACACUGGGGCCUUUCUGUGCCUGCACCAGCGCCAACAACAACACGUACUGGUGCAUGAGGACAAUCAACGAGACCCACAAUUUCCUCUUCUGUGAAUUUGCAACGGGCUUCCUGGAGUACUUUGAUCUCAACACAGACCCCUACCAGCUGAUGAAUGCAGUGAACACACUGGACAGGGAGGUCCUCAAUCAGCUACACGUACAGCUCAUGGAGCUGAGGAGCUGCAAGGGUUACAAGCAGUGUAACCCUCGGACUCGAAACAUGGACCUGGGACUUAAAGAUGGAGGAAGCUAUGAACAAUACAGGCAGUUUCAGCGUCGAAAGUGGCCAGAAAUGAAGAGACCUUCUUCCAAAUCACUGGGACAACUGUGGGAAGGCUGGGAAGGCUAACAACAGCGAUGGACCUCCAAAAAUGGAGAGGCGUCACCUGACUGUACAGGCAGUGAAAAGUCGUGUGUGAUUUCCAGCAGACCUAUGCUGUAGGCCGGGACGCCUGAGACAGAGCUUGCUUUCAGUCAACAAGGCAGAUCCUGGAGGAUAACCGUCAGGAGCAGAGGGAACUGCAGGAAGUCCGUUUUUGCCCCUGCUUUUGCUUUGGAUUAUACCUCACCAGCUGCACAAAAUGCAUUUUUUUCAUAUCAAAAAGUCACCACUAACCCUCCCUGAGAGGCUCACAACGGAAAAAGAACAGAAAGAGAUUUUCCUGGAAAUUUCCCCUAAGGGUGAAAGUCACUGGAAUUUUUUUAAAUCACAGGGGAGAAAACAACCCUGUUUUAAAUCCUUUUAUUCUCUUGGUUCAUCACAAAGAAGGAACUAAGAAGCAGGACAGAGGCGACUUGCAGAGGCUGUAAACAGUGCAAAGACUAUGACAAUGAGUCAACAGCACAAAAGAAAUGACAUUUACUUAGCACUGUAACUCUGGCUGCCUCUGAAGAAACUGCCUUCACUGUAUAUAUGUGACUAUUACAUGUAACCAACAUGGGAACUUUUAGGGGAAUCUGACUAAUAAGAAAUCCCAAUUUUCAAGAGUGGUGGUGUCAAUAAACGCUCUGUGGCCAGUGUAAAAGAAAA